GUGGAUUUGGACACAAUUAACAACCCUCAAGUCCACUCAUCACAUAUGCCAAUAAGCUGUUCAGAUUUCCCAUACUUCUCUUUCUUUUCCAAGGGUGCUUUCCAUUUGCUCUUCCGCUAUUGGAGCUAAUGGGUUUCUCAUUGUUCCCCAAGAGUUCUACUAAUUACUUUAAAAGGUUUGUGGAGAAGAUCAGGCAGCAACGCAAUGGAAACUCACAAAAGAAUUCAAGAGAUAUGCUUCAAAAUAUGAUUGACAGCCAGACCGACAAUAAAUCCAAGAAAGAAGGGGAGAAUAAAAAGCUGACUGAUCAUGAGAUCAUUUCUCAAGUGACCAUGUUUGUGUUCGCUGGUUACGAGACAAGCGCCACAACUCUCACUUUCCUUGCCUACACUUUGGCCCAAAACCCUGCAGUCAUGAAACGCCUACAGGAGGAGAUAGAUGUCACCUUUCCUGAUAUGGGUCCAGUCCAGUAUGAAGCCCUGAUGCAGAUGGAGUACUUGGACAGCGUGGUCAAUGAGUGUUUGAGGCUCUACCCUCCAGCUGCACGUCUGGAACGAGUGGCUAAAGAAAAAGUAAAGAUCAACGGGAUCACAAUCCCAAAAGACAUGCUUGUGAUGGUUCCAGUCUACGCUCUGCACCACGACCCCGAGCUUUCAGAGCCCAAAGAGUUCAGACCUGACAGAUUUAGUAAGGAGAACAAGCAGAACAUUAGGCCAUACACUUACUUGCCGUUUGGGGCUGGGCCGAGGAACUGUAUUGGAAUGCGAUUUGCUCUGCUGAUGGUUAAACUGGCCUUGGUGGAAGUGUUGCAAAACUACAGCUUCUCAGUCUGUGAUGAGACAGAGAUCCCUUUGAAGAUGGACCCUGAAGGCCUCGUUGGACCAUUGAAACCAAUCAAACUGAAGGUGGUGACACGAUCAAACCAGUGCAACUAGAGAUUGGUCCGGGUCAAACAGCUCUUGUGGUUGAACAAUCAUAUAAAUGAGUAACUUAAGUAACUAAAAAUGCUUCUUUAGUUUACGACUGACAUUUUUCAUCUGUACUUUCAGUUUAUAUUUUGAUAACCAAUCAAGCUUCAAACCCAGUACUCUGGUUGGAUAAGAGGUAUUCCAUGAUUGCUAACAUAGAGUAUAACAGCACUGGGAAUGAUAUCGUUGUGUAUCUCUGCCUCAGUCGGGUGUUUAAAAUUGUGUUAAUUAACAUUAUGAUGGUGUUUGUCUUGACUGAUCACGCUGGAACCUCUGAAUCAUGGAGGCAACUUAAGCAACUGCCAACAGACUCUUAUUUCACUGCCUACAUGAUCAAAUGAAACAUACAGGUGAAUGCAAACUAAACAAAGUAGGUGGCCUGCUGAAUUGGUGACAUACACAAAGUUACAAAAGUGCAGGAGAAGGUUUUGGUUGCUCAGCGACUGUUCAACUCUAAGCAAGAAAAAUAACUUGUUAUAAUUUGUUGUUUCUUGUUUUGUUUCCUAACACAAAGUUCUGAAUUUAAAUACACUAAUCUAAAGUAAAUUAUCCAGCACAUUAAGUGUUGAUUAAAAAUAAAGAACACCAUUGUGACCAGUGGCAGAUGUGUCAGGGACACAACACUGUUAACAUUCUUCUGUUAAAUAUAGUUCACUGCGCUUACCUAAUAAAUGGAGAAUAUGACAAAUGUUUCUGUUCAUCUCAGAAGACUCAUUGUGCUUUAUGUGGAAUUAUUCUUUGUGAAGCCUGUUCUUUUACAUUUUGAUUAAAGGGUAUUCAUCUGUCCAGUA